AAACAAGACUAAGAGAUUCUGAUGAACUUACAAAACAAAACAAAAAGACCAGAACACAUUAGUUAAGUAAUGAUAAUACACUCUCCGUCUCCUUCUCUCGACCGCACGAGUUUCUUGAACUAUCGAAGUAGGUCUCAGUGUCAAAGCCGCUUGGUGACUAGGUCGGCCACUGUUCGUAUAUCCACAGGGGCUAUUGGAGCCGUAGCGGCAGCGAUCAUGAUGGCUUCUGUCUCCAUAGCUUACGCAGAGCUUCCUCCUCCGCCACAAGACGGCGAAACGCUAUCGAACGUACCGCAAACGCUAUCAGGUGAAGACUGCAAGAAACAGAGGAUACAAAGACCCAAAUCCAAGAACGCAGAGAAAUGCACCGUUAAAUGCGUCAACACUUGUAUUCGUGGUGGAGACGGAGAAGGACCGCUCAAUAUCAGAAGGCCAUUAGUGGUGUUCAAACAAGGAUUUCGUAGCCGUAAUUACUGCUUGGUGGAGUGUUCGGAUAUUUGCAACUUGAUCGGAGAUGGUGACUAUGGACCAUGAUACUGUUGAGAAAUGAACUCAUGAACCUUGAGGAUUUUGUAGAUUAUGGUAAGUCAUUUGUUUACAUGGUUUAAAACACGGUUAUACAUUCGAUUUAAAAAUGAUACAAAGAUCUAUAACACCGUUUGGGAGAAAUGUGUAUUGUUUAUAUGCGGCGUGGUAACGCAUGUUGGCUAAUCAAAUAUAUAUUCGGCGUUGAUGGAUGUAAGACCCAGUGAGUACAUGGCCUAACAGAACACUGAUGGGCUUAUUUUUCGUCGGUUUAUCAGCAGCUUACAGUGUGACCGUUCAAGACUUGCGGUUUCAAGAAUCUAGAGCACCGGGUCAAAAGAUGGACGCGCUUUUGUGGUGUCUUCAGGGAGGACUUUUCCAGUGACUCAAGUGGAUUUCAGGUGGGGCUCACUGGUUUUCGGAUAUUAUCAUUUUCCCAUGGGGACGUAAUGCAGGAUAUGUGAUGCCUAUGUACAGUAGCACAUAAUAUUAGAGGUUUUUUAUAUAUAUUAGAUAUGUGAUGCCUAUGUACAGUAGCACAUAAUAUUAGAGGUUUUUUUAUAUAUAUUAGA